UUUCUUCUCUGUGGGUCCCCUCUCUCCCCCGUCUUGUCUAUUUCUCCUUUCUCUGUCUGCUCCAUUUCAGUGCUCUGUCAUAGUUUCUCUCUCUCCCUCUAUCACUACCAUGUCAUAUCCCAUCAUGAUGCCACCAUUCUCAUCGCAUGGGCACUGGUGCUUUUCCCAUUUCUUUCUUAUAUGUCCUUUUGUUAUUUAUUUUUUUCCUUUUCUGAUAACUGUCCAAACUGUGCCAUUUCUUGGACCAGAAGAUGCUGUUCACCCCCUGUGAGUAUUCUCACUUCAUCUUCAUUGGGUUUUAGCAUCUGGGAAUAUAUGAUUAUUGAUGAAGAAGAUGUGUCAAAUCACUACUAAGUCCUUAGGCCUUUCAACUACUGAAAUAUGAUUAGUUCAAGAUGCAAGAAAUGGGCUGUGGAAUUUGCUCUUGGAAAUGAAGGAGAGGCAACGUUGGUCAUCUGAGGAGGAUGCUUUACUACAUGCUUAUGUCCAACAAUAUGGUCCUAGGGAAUGGAAUCUCGUGUCUCAGCGCAUGAACACACCUCUCAAUAGGGAUACAAAGUCAUGCUUAGAAAGGUGGAAGAACUACCUCAAGCCUGGCAUUAAAAAGGGAUCUCUUACCAAAGAAGAGCAGCGUCUUGUGAUCCUCCUUCAAGCAAAUUACGGAAACAAAUGGAAGAAGAUCGCCGCUGAAGUCCCCGGUCGCACGGCGAAGCGAUUAGGGAAGUGGUGGGAAGUCUACAAAGAGAAGCAGCAGAGAGAAAAAAUUGAGAUCAAUGGGAUAGUUAGCCCAAUUAGUGAUACCAAGUAUGAACAUAUGCUAGAGGGUUUUGCUGAGAAACUAGUGAAAGAGCACACUUUACCAUCAUUUGCUAUGGCUGCAUCAUCCAAUGAGGCAUUUCUGCAUACCAAUUCAUCAGCUAUGCUUCCUUCUUGGCUUUCCAAUUAUGAUUCAACUUCAACACCUCCAAGUUCUAUUUCCGUGACGUUGAGCCUUUCUCCCUCAACAGUGGCAACACCUAGAGGACUAGAGAACAAUGCUCCUUUUGUUUUGAGGAAUGUAACAGCACACAAUGGAUCUGUUCCUUCUUUCAGUGAUCACAUUCUCAUGUCAGAAUUGGUGGGAUUCUCCAAAGAGUUGGAAGAGGGGCACCGCGCUUUGGCGGCACAUAAGAAGGAGGCAGAGUGGAGACUAAGAAGGUUGGAGUUGCAGUUGGAGUCGGAGAAGGCGUGUCGAAGAAGGGAGACCGUGGAAGAGUUUGAGGCGAAUAUUAAAGCUCUUCAAGAAGAGCAGACAGCUGCUUUGAAUAGAAUUGAAAAUGCAUGCAGGGAACAGUUAGGUGGAUUGAGGAGAGAUGCUGAGAGCAAGGAGCAAAAAUUGGCAGAGAAAUGGACUUCAAAGCAUUUGAGGCUUACUAGGUUAUUAGAGCAAAUGAAAAUCCAGACCGGGGCUCCUUGAGCCAAAUGCAAGAUGAAGAUAUGAUCAGCAAAUUGGAUAUAGGUGCUCUUAUGACUUGAAUUAUAUGCACUUUAUGUUCCUUGUUGUGAUCCUGAUAUAUUUAUUCACAGAUUUGUGCAAAUUUCCUAUCUAUUCAUACAAGUUUGAGUA